GCAUCCUUAUAUAAACUUUUUCCUUGUUUUAUUCUUAUCCUUCCUCUUCCGGUCUUCGUUGUCGUUGUGAGGGCUUCGGACUGCCAGGACUUUCUCUCUCAGCUGUUGCAUCCUUAUUAUAAACUUUUUCCUUCUUUUAUUCUUUUCCUUCCUCUUUCGGUCUUCGUUGUCGGGGCUUCGGAUCGACUUUCUCUCUCACAUUUCUAACUGCUUCAUACCUCAGGUUCGUUCUAGGGUUUCUCACAUUUCUAACUGCUUCAGACCUCAGUUUUGUUGUGAAGGCUUCAUCCCCACUUUUUAUGGCUACUCAUCAAAUUCUGGUCAGGUUAUUGGACGGCCAAACCAGAUGUAUCCAGAUCGAAAACCCUAGAAUCACUGGUUCAUCCCUCAAGAAUCUAAUCAGAGAGAGAACUGGUAUCCCUGUUCCCUUUCAAAGGUUGGUGGCUGGAGCCCUAGAAAUCUCUGAAACUAGCUUGCUUUCAUCGAUCAAUGGCCUGUUCCCUUCUUGUACCCUCCUCUUGAGAUUGAGAGGUGGAAAGGGAGGUUUCGGAUCUCUUUUGAGAGGGGCUGCCACCAAGGCUGGCCAAAAGAAGACCAACAAUUUUGACGCCUGCCGUGAUAUGAGUGGAAGGAGGCUUCGUCAUGUGAAUGCAGAGAAAAAACUUGAGGAAUGGAAGGCUGAAGAAGAGGAGAGGAGGCUUGAGAAAGUUGCAGAGGAGUUCUUGAAGAAGCAGUCGAAUAGUUUGAAGAAGAAGAAUGGGAAGGAUGUGGAUAAUUAUCUGGAGAAGUAUAGGGAGGAAACUGCAAAGUCUAUGGAAGAAGUAGAUGAGGCUGUUAAGGCGUCGAUUGAUUUAUGCAAGGGGGGAAAGCGUAAGGUUUUGCAUGAACUAGAAGCAGGAUCAAAAAAGCUAAAGCUCUGGAUGCUUGAAGAAGAGGAAGAAGAUGAUGACGAGGAUGACAUGGAUGGGAAGUCUGUAGUCGUUGAUGAAGGAUGUUCUACUCAAAGAGAGGCUUUCAAUAAGGAAGAGUGUGCGAGUCACGAUAUUUCAGUUAGUGGAAUGCGUUCAACCAGUGGUGCUUCUUGCUCAUCAUCCUAUCGGUCCCUGAAGAAUGACUCCUCGGAUAGUGAUUUGACAGAGAAUGAUUCACUCAAUUCUCUUGAGGUUAUAUCUGAAGAGACAGAAGAAAACUCUGCCAAGGGUAUUGAUGAAUGUCAUGAGCUUAGUCUUUCAGGUAGUGUUGUUGCUGAGGGCUGUUUGGUUGGGGAAAUUAAUGCUCACAGGGAAGAUAAAUUUGAAGAAGCUUUGGAAGGAAAUAAGGAAAAUGCUUGUGAUUUUGAAGAAGCCUUGGAAGGAAAUAAGGAAAAUGUUUGUAAUGGGAGCACGAGUGCUCGUGGUUCAGAGAUGCCUCUGAACUUUGACAAUUUCAAUGCACCUCCAGAUAUUGAGGUAUUAGGUCUGGAGAGGUUGAAAUUGGAGUUGCAAGCGCGGGGUUUGAAAUGUGGAGGUACCCUCCAGGAGAGAGCUGCGAGGCUAUUUCUGCUAAAGACUACACCUUUUGACAAGUUGCCCAAGAAGUUGCUUGCUAAGCCUAAAGACUAAAUCUUCUGUGCUUAUUAAUUAAUUUUCCAUCCUUUUGGUGAAUCUUCUUGUAUUUUUCUUACUUGCGCCCCUGUAGUUUUCUUACUCGACUAGCACAUGCACAUACUCAUGUUGUUAUAUGCAUAUCUUUGUAGAAAACUCAUGAGGUCUUACUGCUUUUGUAAACCAACUUUGUUAUUGCAGCAUUGACCCCAAGAAAGUGGUUUUGUGUAUCACUAGACCGUGUAGAAGCCCCCCUUUUGUUUUUUUUCUUGCUGUAUAUGUUUUGGAAAUCAUGUCCUUGUUCUGUUAUUCAAA